AUGGGCAUUUGUGUUACAAAAACAAAUAAAGAAAAACCAGCAAAUCUAAUUCGUCUAAUUAAAAUAGAAAAUGAAAAUACUAUCCCUAAAUCUCUAACUUUGUUUGAAAUUCAAACUAAAACACUAAAUACAUGGUUUAAAAUGGAUGAAAUGCUUAACUAAUUAGUGUCUUGUAAAAGAACAAUCAAGAUCAUUCAGUUUAAAAAAACCAUUAAUCAAAUUUUAAUGGCUUAUAAGAUAAAUAAUCCUAUGAAUGAUGUGACUUUAGGAUUAGUUUUAGAGCUUAUGGAGAAAAUUGCAUUUUUAAUUGAAGAAUUAAUAAGAGAAGAGCUUCUUACAAAAGAAGUGAGUACAAAGUUCUAUCAAUUUUAUACACAAAUCGUAGAAUUAUCUUUAGAAUACUCAAACUGGAAAAACAAUUCCACUACUGAUAAAACUUAACUUUCGAGUUUUAUUUGAAUUAUCA